UUUCAGUUGUUUAUGAGUUCUGAUUGCGCUCGUUUGCUUUUCUUUUUAUCUGCUCUUCAGUUUUUUUAUUAUGUCUGCACCGAUCCUAUAUUACGAUGAUCGCAGUCCACCCGUGCGCAGCUGUCUGAUGCUGAUCAAAAUGCUGAAUAUCAAUGUAGAGCUGCGUUUCGUUGACUUAUUCAAGGGCGCACAAUUUGAGAUAGACUUCUUGGCCUUAAAUCCGCAGCAUAGCGUGCCAACGCUUGUGCAUAAUGAACUACUACUCACCGAUAGUCAUGUUAUACUCAUCCAUUUGGCGGAGCAUUUUGAUGAAGCGGGCAAAUGGUGGCCCAAGGAAUAUGCAGACAGAAUGAAGGUGCUUAAUCGCCUGUUCUUUGAGUGCUCCUUCCUCUUUCGCCGUGACAGUGAUUUAAUGUCGGAAAUCGUGCGCAAGCAGUACGCCAAUGUGGAUGUGACUUACCAUAGACGCAAACUCCUCGAGGCAUACGACAUCAUGGAGCGCUAUCUGGAUGGCCAGAAAUACAUGGCAGGCGAUCAGCUGACACUCGCCGAUGUAUCCAUUGUGACCACAUUGAGCACGGUGCAUCUCAUGUUUCCGGUGGAAGCGGAGCGUUGGCCGCAACUACAGCGCUGGUUCGCCACAAUGCAGCAAUUGGAUGCUUACGAAGUGAAUCAGCGAGGGGUGGAAAAACUACGUGACAUUGUGCAACAACUGGGCAAAUUUGAAUUUCCCAAGCAGGAAUUGUGAUUAAGCAAGUGCUUAUUUUAAAUAGACCCUUUCGCAGCAGAAGUUAAGAAUUUGGUUUAAACUGUGAAGCAGUUGAGAAAAUAAAGGCAGAUCGGAAUAAGAAAUUGUUCAUAAGACAAUGUAGAGUUGAUUUACUGAACUGUUUGGGAUAGUGCUGAAGGGUUUUUAAAUGAGACUGGAAGAUAAUUUAUGAAAUUUUAUUUCUAAAUACAACUGAAAAUGAAAGAAAAUGAUUAAUGAAAGGCCAGAUGGUUAAAGGAAAGUGUCAAACUAUAAAUAUAAAAUAUGUAUGCCUUAAAUAUAUAAUUUAGACGCC